AUGACACUGCAUCAAAGUCGGCCUUAUAGUAUCAGGCAACACCCAACGCAACAUCUUCAACCGACCUUCUUCGAGCACGCGCAUAACAACCUGCCCUUUGACGCUGAGGACCUGAGCGUUCUCGAUCUCGACGUCCCCAGCUUGUCCUCGUCUCCGAUCUCGACGCACUCGCUGCCUUUGCAGUACUCUCGCAUCGACUCGCCUUUGUCUACGUUUGACAGCAUCCCAGCUUCAACUGCCGCUGUUCCGAGGGAGGCCCACGAGGAUCCUUUGUUCCAUUUUCGCGCACAAAGCGCCCACGGUCUCUCUGACUCGUCAGCGCAACUUUUCGCAAACGCUGACCUGAUGCAAACGGACUCGUGGCUGCCAAACGGCCAAAUGACGCCGCAGUCAGUGGGCCGGUUCUCGCACCACCGCGAAUCUUCCAGGUCAUCGCUAGGUUCGAAUGGGCCGGCAUCUCCAUAUUCCCACAACAUUUCAAAUCCUCGGAUUGCCGUGAAUGAUUCUGUCAACGACAAUUUCUCGGGGUUACCCGGUGCCGACGAUUUCCACUACCAGUUAACGGCAAAGUCGUUUCCUGGCAUAUCACACGACACUUUCUAUACGACGCUGCCGAGCUACGGGUCAGCCGACAACGCAGCCAUGACAGCCUUUUCCGGUCUCGCCACGGCACCGAGGCGCAGGAACGAAAGGAGCAUGCUGCCGCCGUCUGAAGAUCCGAUUGGGCCAAGGGGGUCGCAACCCGUGUCGGUGGCGAGUUCAAUAGCAUCAGACUCCCCAGCCACACCAGCAGGGGAGCCAGGGGAGGACAGGAAAUUUGGUGAGAUUGAUUCAGAUCUGUUCGAUAUGUUCUUGGAAACGUCCGACUUACCAUGCCUGGACGACGCAGCAAUGCAAACUGUCCCUAAACUCGACCGAACCAUGACCGACGUCUACAACGACGAGCUUUACAACCCCGACUUCAAGAUCACAUCGACCACACAGGGUCACGCCCCAAUACCUCAGAGCAACGCUCUAUUUACGCAGCGUCUCCAAGCCGCCAACAAUCAGCACUUAGCGGCGGCCGGACACUCCCCAGUGUCCGCAGUCUCGAGAGACCGCUCUCCAUUCCGGCAAGGCUCGCCGUUGGCCCCCGUGCCAAUGCACGAAUUCCCUUCGACCGUGGGGUCGUCGCAGGUGCGCUUUGGAUCCGCGCAGCAGAUGCGGGAGCAGAACAAGGCCAUGCAAGACGCGCAGGCGUUGCGGCAGCAAAUAGCGCGAUCGGUAGACACUUCUACCCCGCAGACAAUAUCGCCCAAGGACGCCAUGCUUGAAUUUCACGAACCCGAAGGGGAUGCAAAUUUUCCGCUUUUUCCCCAGCAGAACACGGACGGUUUUGACUCUAAUGCCAUCACUACGGCUGCCGCUGUUCAGAACCAGCCAGCGUUCGAUGGGCUGCAUAUGGACUCCAACGCGUUCAAUUUCAUGCCGCAGUUGCCAACGGCCAUUCAACGGUACCAGUUUAUGGCCCAAGCACAACCACAGCAACGGAGUGUGGUACCCUCAGGGAGCGCCACGUCGCUUGAUACAUCGCGGGUUAGUUCCGCCGACACGGCGGCUACGGAGUCUACACACGAGGCCGUACCACAGCGACCACCUUCUGCGAGGGCGGAUGGCGGCACGUACACCUGCACCUACCACGGUUGUACGCUGCGGUUUGAUACACCUGCUCUUUUGCAAAAACACAAGAGAGAAGGCCAUCGGCAGGCUCAUGGUUUACAAGGGCCUCGGCGCGCAGACGCUGCUGGCAUGACAUCUGGUCUGUUGAACACACAGGCUGGACCGCACAGAUGCGACCGCAUCAACCCAAGCACUGGGAAACCUUGCGCUACCGUCUUCUCGAGACCCUAUGACCUUACCAGGCACGAAGAUACGAUUCACAAUGCGCGCAAGCAGAAGGUCCGUUGUGAUUUGUGUACGGAUGAAAAGACGUUCAGCAGAGCCGACGCACUAACGCGGCACUACCGCGUGUGCCAUUCCGACGUCGAGCUUCCAAGCAAGCACCGGAGGCGCACAGGCCACAGUUGA